AUGUACCGAGCCCCUGCUGGGCAGCCAACCCUGGCGGAGACGUGCGGACAGAUUUUACCCUCAAAGAGCUAUCCUGGGAAAUGCCACUGUUUGACCCUAUUCUCCUGCCUCACGUGGUCGCGGACCAGGCGGGAGCCCCGCAAAGACCCAGGUGGCCCCGCGCCCCGCGUGGGCGGCGAGGAUCUGGCCUCCCGGGAGUGCGAGCACGCCCGGGCGCACUGGCGGACCCGCAGGGAGCUGCUGGAGAUCCAGAGCCUGCUCGACGCCAUCAAGAGCGAGAUGGAGGCGGAGGAGGUGCCUGGGCCCCAGCACCCAGCCCCGCGCGCGGAGGCAGAGGAUCUGGUGGCCAGGUUGUGCGCCGAGGCGGAGAGGAAGGCCGCGGAGGCGGCGCGGAUGGGCAGGCGGAUCGCGGAGCUGCACCAGCGGAUCGCCGGCUGCGAGUGCUGCUGA